AUGUUUGCAAGACAGGGUAUAAGAUCAGCAUCAAGAUUUGGCGUUAGAAACGCUUCUACUGCAUCCUCGGUUGUUUCCAAGGUUACUGGAUUUGCCAACUGCUCAUGGUACUGGACCAAAGUGUUUGGUAAUGUUGCCAAACAGAUUUAUAUUAAGGAAGGUCUUACGCCUCCAAAUGCUUCAGAAUUCAGAAAGGUUUAUGAUGAUGCUGUUAAGCAAGGUUUGCUUCUAGUGAGAGAUCCAAAGAGAUACUCAACAUCCCUUCUUAGAGUUGCUCAAACAUCUACCAGCGGCGAUUACUUAAAGUACGGUUGCUAUUUGAUUCAAAUCCUUGGAUUCUUUGCUUUGGGAGAGAUUGUCGGCAGAAGAAAAUUGGCAGGAUAUCCUGAUUACGGCCCAAAGAAGAGCAAUUAA